UUCCCUCUCUUCUUCUCAUCACCAACAAUUCAACACAUACAACUAAGACUUAGGCUCUUAACUGUUAGAAACAGAUUAGCUGUGAAUUUAACAAUGGCACGUACUAAACAAACCGCUCGCAAGUCCACCGGCGGGAAGGCGCCCAGAAAGCAGUUGGCAACAAAAGCCGCUCGUAAGUCUGCUCCGGCAACCGGAGGUGUGAAGAAGCCACAUCGUUUCAGGCCAGGAACUGUUGCUCUUCGCGAGAUCCGUAAGUACCAGAAGAGCACAGAGCUUUUGAUCCGUAAACUUCCCUUCCAGCGUCUUGUCCGUGAGAUCGCACAGGAUUUCAAGACUGACCUUCGUUUCCAGAGCUCCGCCGUGUCGGCACUUCAAGAAGCAGCCGAGGCUUAUCUCGUUGGUCUCUUCGAGGAUACUAACCUCUGCGCAAUUCACGCCAAGCGUGUUACUAUUAUGCCGAAGGAUAUUCAGCUCGCUAGACGCAUUAGAGGCGAACGUGCUUGAUUUUCUUGUUCAUUUCUCUGUUAGGGUUUGUGUAGAUAGUUUCAAAAUGUGGUUAAUCACAAACCGUUGUUAUUAAUUCCUGAAAUAUUGUACUUGUGCUCAAUGCUUUAUCAAUUGAAUCAUUUAUCUUUUGAUCAAUUA